UAAUCUGUGACCCCGGUCCCGUGCAUAUAUUUAUAUAUGUAGCGGAGUAUAUCCUUUAUGUAUGGAAAAAAUGAAAUAUUAUUUAACAACAUUGUAAACGUAGAUUUUUAAUGCGAAUACACGCGCGCCUGAAUUUUACGUGACGAAUCGGCAAAAGUCAUGCGGUAGAAAAUGACUGAUCUGAUGCGCGAGUCGUGUGUGCCCUCGGUUGCGCACAAAAAAUGGUAACAGUGAGCAAACUCUGAUCGUGGUUCUGACCAAAUACCUCCGAAUGUUUUCGUUGGAAAAUACAACGAAAUAUUGCGUAGUAUUUAAAAGAAAAUGGAGAAGUCCAUGUGUUCGUUAUUCUUCGGAUAAAAUUUAAUGUGCUGUCCGUAUUCGUUCUAUCAUUGACAGCUGAUAUGAUAUGAUCAUGGCGGAGUCCACAAAAAAGACGGAAGACGAUGAAGUUAAGUGUAAAAUUUUGAUUAUCGGAGCUGGAAUGGCCGGUUUGUCGGCUGCAAAUCAUUUAUUGAAGAACGAUGAAACCGAUUUUUUGAUCGUAGAAGCACGAGGACGUAUAGGUGGUCGUAUUGUCGCAUUGAAAAUUGGUAACGAAAAAGUUGAAUUGGGAGCAAACUGGAUUCAUGGAGUAUUAGGAAAUCCGAUGUUUGAAUUGGCAAUGGCUAAUGGACUAAUAGAUAUUGUAAGAGUACCAAGGCCUCAUAAAGUUGUAGCAGCCAUGGAAGAUGGUAAACAGUUGUCAUUUCCGAUCUUGCAAGAAAUCUACGAAGCUUAUAUAUGUUUUUUAAAACGAUGCGAAGAAUAUUUUCUAAGUCCGUAUAGCCCGCCGGACGGAAUAAACAGUGUCGGUGCGCACGUGGCAUUAGAAGCUGAAAUUUAUUUGUCAUCCUUGCCCGAAGAAGACAAAAGAGUCAGGCAAUUAUUGUUUGAUUGUUUACUUAAAAGAGAAACCUGUAUUACUGGCUGUGAUAGCAUGGAAGAUGUUGAUCUCUUGGAAAUGGGUUCUUACGCGGAAUUGCAAGGUGGAAACAUUAGUCUUCCAGAUGGGUAUAGCGCGAUAUUGGAACCAGUAGCCAAACACAUACCAAAAACCAGCAUUCUCAUUAGACAUGUUGUGACUAAAAUUCGGUGGCAGAGGAAGAAGCACAUAGAGGAGGAAAAUUCCAAGAACGUUAGUUAUAGCGAUUCGAACGACUUUAUCGAAGUACAAUGCGAAAAUGGAAAAAGGAUACUAGCAGAACAUGUGAUUUGUACAUUGCCAUUAGGAGUUCUUAAGGAAAAAGCUAACAAUAUAUUUGAACCGCCUCUACCUAAUUAUAAACUCGAAGCCAUAGAUAGAUUACUGUACGGUACGGUGGACAAAAUAUUUUUAGAAUACGAAAGACCUUUUCUAAAUCCUGGUAUAUCGGAAGUGAUGCUUCUUUGGGACGACCGACGAUUGCUGGAAGAAGAGAAGCAAGACAUCAGUAAAACGUGGUUUCGAAAGAUCUAUUCUUUCACCAAAAUUUCAGAGACAUUGUUACUGGGAUGGAUAUCGGGAAAAGCAGCCGAAUAUAUGGAGAAAUUGAGCGCCACGGAAGUAGCCGACGCGUGCACAACAAUAUUGAGAAAAUUCCUGAACGAUCCGUAUGUGCCAGCCCCAAAAAACUGUAUUCACACCUCGUGGUACUCGCAUCCGUAUGCUCGUGGUUCGUACACAGCGAUGGCCAUUGGCGCAAGUCAAUUAGACAUCAACCGUUUAGCCGAACCUAUCAAGCAGGAGAACGAUCCGUCGAAGAUUGUUAUAGCGUUUGCCGGCGAGCACACGCAUUCUUCCUUUUAUAGUACAGUGCAUGGCGCCUACUUGACCGGCCGGACCGCUGCUCAAGCGCUGUUAGAGUCCAGGAAGAACGAGAAAAAUUUGUUGAGCCUUAGCUGCGAGGAUACAAACGAUCUCAGCUCGUGGAUACAAGGGAUCUCGCUGAAUUAGGAAUAGGCAAAGAUUCAUUCGAAAACAUGGAGGAAAGAAACAACUCGACACCGAGAAGAAGCUGUUCUCUACGUCAACGUUUACACAUGUAUCGAGCACAAUUUAUUACCGACGGUUACGAACAAUAUUUGACACACUGUCGCGAGGCGACAAUUGUGAUUUCUAUAGGCAUCCUAGUAUUAAACGCGAGUUUCGCAAACUGUUUUUAUUUUGUAAAUAUUAUAGUGAAUAUUGUUUAUAUUAUGUACAUAACAACGCCUGUCUAAAGACUGUUAAGACUAUUUGUAAACACGCAUCCUGUUGAUUUUAGAAAAUCAUUGUCGUAUCUUCGAUGAGAGAUCGUUUGAAAUCACAAAACGUUGCUUCAUUUGAUAAGAUCACCCCAAUGUCUAGUUGCAGAAGUUCUAUAACAGUAUACAGGGUGUGCCGCCAGAACCAAAAUUUCAAUAGCGUCAAAAUAUCAUUCGGAAAAAUCGCAUAAUUCGGUGACUUCGGUCUUGUCCACACGUUUCGAAACUUGUCAACUAUUGUUUUCUCAAUGCAUAUGGUAUGUAGUGUGUAUAUUCUAUGCAAGUAACAAAGUAAGAUCCUCGGCAGUAUUCGUGCGCUACGCUUCUGGCAAAUCGCCCUGUUUCAUUGAACGCAGUUGGAUGUAUUUUUUUUGUCUUAUAAUUAUAGAAAUUGAUUGAGACGUUCGCGUUCUUAGUCGUGUAACGAUAACGUACAUUUACUGUUUUACUUACGUUCGUAAGACUAUCGGUUAAGGUGAUGUUGCGACAAGUUUGUCGGUCCACGCUUCACACAGCGAAAAUAGAAACGAAAACAAAGAGAAUCAAAGGAAAGGUAUUUCUACGAAAUUCCAACAAAAUUCAACGACAUUGUACACGCAUGUGCAUCUCGAGUCCACAUUUAUGCCAGUGGCAGAGAAUAUUAGAAAGAUUUGCAAGAGAUCCAGGAGUCAUCAGUUAUUAUUUCUACGAGAGAUUAGUGCUCUUAUUCUAUUCUCUUUUGCUUAUAUAAAGACACUUUUCUAUGGAAGUAUUAGAGAAAACUUGCAUUUUAUCUAGUCACAAUGCCUCAAGCAACUUAGUUUUAAACGAUUGUUAUAUCUGUGGUUUUUCUCAAUUGUUAUUCGAUACCAAAUCCGUUAACCGAUAAGUUAGUAAAUCAAACUGUGCUACUCGUUUUUGCAGACUCGUUUGUAACUUUAAGACGACAGAAUAGAAAACCUCCGGACGGUACGUUUCUGUUUAAAAUGUGAUAGAAACAUUUGCAACAACUGCUAUUUUACUAUAUUGUACAUUUACACGAAAGUAAGCUUUCUUUUUCUGCAAUAACGAGAUACCAAAUACGUGUAUGUAUUUAUUUUUCUGUAACUGCCACUUAACAUUAAUUCAUGAUAGCGCAAAUCCGAGGAAAAACUAAUUGAAACAAAAAGAAAUGUUAUAUUAUGCACAGAUAAUGCUACAACUGAAAUAAAUAAUUUUCAGUAAUUA